AUGGGUGCGGCCGCUGCGCGAGCAGCAACCAGGGCAGCUACGUCCUCAGUGCGUCCUCGAGCAUAUCAAGCUUUCCGUCUCGCUCGACCCUUCUAUAGUCCUUUGGUUGGGCGCCAGAUAACCUCGCGACGGACAUAUUCCUCCCCUUCGGACUUUUCUUCGACAAGGUUGACAGUGGUGCAGUUGCUCAGUAACAUUGGAUCUAAGAGGGAGGUUCAACAGUAUCUAUCACACUUCACUUCGGUCUCCUCGCAACAGUUUGCCGUUAUCAAGGUCGGUGGAGCUAUUUUGACCGAGCACCUUCAGACUCUCUCUUCGGCUCUCGCAUUCUUGAAUCAUGUCGGACUUUAUCCUGUGGUUGUCCACGGGGCAGGCCCGCAAUUGAACAAGAUCCUAGAAAAUUCGGGGGUUGAGCCACAAUUUGAGGAUGGAAUCCGCGUAACAGAUCCCAAGACGUUGGGUAUUGCACGAGCGUUGUUUCUGGAGGAGAACCUGCGCUUGGUGGAAGAACUCGAACGAUUAGGCGUCCGCGCAAGACCAAUCACCUCCGGAGUCUUUACAGCAGACUACCUCGAUAAAGAGAAAUACAAUCUUGUGGGCAAGAUCAAGCAUGUUGACAAGAGGCCCAUCCAAGCUGCAAUCCAAGCUGGCUGUCUCCCGAUCCUGACGUCUAUGGCCGAGUCGGAGGCAGGCCAAGUCCUAAAUGUCAAUGCUGAUGUUGCCGCGGGCGAGCUAGCUCGAUCACUCCAGCCUCUGAAGAUUGUCUACCUGUCUGAGAAAGGUGGACUGUUCAAUGGGGAUACGGGGGAGAAAAUCUCCGCCAUCAACCUGGACGAGGAGUAUGAUCACCUCAUGACACAGUGGUGGGUGCGACAUGGGACGAGGCUGAAGAUCAAAGAAAUGAGAGAGCUCCUGAUGGAUCUGCCCCGAAGCUCCAGUGUCGCCAUCAUCCACCCUGCAGAUCUCCAGAAGGAACUCUUCACGGAUUCUGGUGCAGGCACUUUGAUCCGCCGAGGAAACAAGGUCCAUGUCAACACCUCUAUUGACGAAUUCAAGGAUAUUGAGCAGCUGAAGGAAGUCCUCAUUCGCGAUCGUGCCAGCCUCGAUGCCCGUGCUGUCGUGGAUCGAUACGUCAAAACCCUUCGCAGCCGAGAGUUCAAGGCCUAUUUCGACGAGCCCAUGGAAGCUUUAGCUAUUGUCUUACCGCCCAAUGGAGAAACCUCGCUGGCUCAUUUGGCAACCUUGACCAUUACCAAGAAUGGAUGGCUGACCAAUGUGGCGGAUAACAUUUUCGCUGCCAUCAAGAAAGAUUUCCCCAAGUUAAUGUGGACAGUCAAAGAGGACGAUGAGAAUUUGACCUGGUUCUUUGACAAAGCCGAUGGCAGCCUUUCCAAGGAUGGCGAGGUUCUCUUUUGGUAUGGUCUCGAGACGAGUGAAGAGGUCAAAGAUUUGAUGGUCGAAUUUACAAAGCAUGGCCGUCAAAUGUUCGGUGAUAUCAACCUCGAGUCCAGGCUGCAAAGGGCUGCAAGGGCCGCAGCAAACUUAGCCAGCAGCGCUGCUCAAUCUGCAGGACUGACACAGAAGCGAGCAUUCUCGACGCAGGCCAAUCCUUUGAGAGCAGCCAGGCGGGCCAGAUAUGUCACUAAACCAGCUCUCUGUGUUCGUACCUAUGCUACGACGAACCCCAACCCACCUCUUGGCUCCAAGAACAGCUCGAAUGACAAGCCUUCUAGAGUUGCUUUAAUUGGGGCGAGAGGUUACACUGGCAAGGCUCUGGUGGACCUUCUCAAUCGCCAUCCUCACAUGGAUCUUCGUCAUGUCUCAUCACGAGAGCUUGCGGGAACUAAACUCAGUGGCUAUGACAAGCGGGAGAUCAUCUAUGAGAAUUUGAGUGUUGAAGACGUCCGACAGAUGGAGGAAAAUGGAGAUGUCGAUUGUUGGGUUAUGGCCUUGCCCAAUGGUGUCUGCAAGCCAUUUGUCGAUACCAUUGAUCAAGUUGGGAAGAACAGCGUCAUCGUCGACCUUAGUGCCGAUUACAGAUUCGACCCUGCGUGGACUUACGGCCUUCCUGAGCUCGUUGACCGAUCUGCCAUCGCUCAAGCCAGAAGAAUCUCAAACCCUGGAUGCUAUGCGACAGCAGCGCAGCUCGGUAUAGCUCCUCUAGUCCCAUAUCUUGGAGGACAGCCAACAGUUUUUGGAGUCUCUGGCUACUCCGGCGCGGGCACAAAGCCAAGUCCAAAGAACGACGUCAACAAUCUGACAGACAACAUCAUCCCUUACAGUCUGACAGACCAUAUUCACGAACGGGAGAUCUCUACCCGACUUGGUACCCCUGUUGCUUUCAUCCCUCACGUUGCUGUUUGGUUCCAAGGCAUCCACCAUACCAUCAACAUCCCGUUGAAGGAAGAGAUGACGUCUCGCGAUAUCAGGAAUUUGUAUCAGGAUCGCUACGCAGGGGAGAAGCUGGUCAAGAUUAUCGGGGAGGCUCCUCUGGUGAAGAAUAUCGCACAUCGCCAUGGUGUCGAAAUUGGCGGGUUUGCAGUUCACUCGAGUGGCAAGAGAGUGGUUGUCUGCGCCACGAUCGACAAUCUCUUGAAGGGUGCAGCAACACAAUGUCUCCAAAACAUGAACCUAGCUCUUGGGUAUGGUGAAUAUGAGGGAAUCCCACUUGAAUGA